UCAAUUUAGUCGAAAGGUUGAGUGGCAAGACGAAAGUCACUUCUAAAGAUUUGUCGCGAGUUUUUUUUUACACACAAAAUAAAUAAAAUUUUGUUUAAUGCGAUAAUCUCCAUCUUUUCUACCAGUAUUUUAAUGUAAUUACACCAUUUAGCAACUAGUGUUACGAAUUUCAAAAGUGAUUUUAUCCGAAAUUGUGUAUUUACUGGUAUAUUUCGGCUAAAAACUACCCGGAGUUUGGCAGUGACAUCACUUCAAUAUUAAUCUCUUGUAUGUGUGUUGUAUACGCGUUCUUUUUUAAAAUCUUUUUCUGUUGAUUCGGUUCCAUCAAAUUUCUUUAUUUGAAAAUUGUAUUUCUUACGAAGUGUUGGUCCUGUGCCAGCCGAUUGGUUAAAAAAAAAGAGUAAAUUCGAAGUCACACAUCUUCGUUGUGGUGAUAAUAGAAGAGGACUCACUUCGCUGAAAUAAUUGGAAAACAUUUUUUUUUCGAUUCUGUGGAUUAUAACAAGUUACACCACAAAUAAUUUGUGAAAAUAUUGCCGAACCACGCUGUCAAUAUGGGUGACGAAACAACAACCGUGGAUCGCAAUGAUCCGGAAUUGAAAUAUUUGACCGUCGAAAAAAAUCAAUUUAAUGAUCCAGCAACACAAGCUGAAUGGACACAAAAGCGUCUCAUAUGGGUUCCGCAUGAAUCACAGGGGUUUGUUGCUGCCAGCAUUAAAAAAGAAACCGGUGACGGUGAUGAGGUCGAAGUGGAAUUGGCCGAAACUGGCAAACGUGUUAAGAUACUUCGAGAUGAUAUCCAAAAAAUGAAUCCGCCGAAAUUCGACAAAGUGGAGGAUAUGGCCGAAUUAACCUGCUUGAACGAAGCGUCUGUUCUACACAACAUUAAGGACAGAUACUAUUCGGGUCUAAUAUAUACAUACUCAGGUCUUUUUUGUGUAGUCGUAAAUCCAUACAAAAAGCUACCUAUUUACACCGAAAAAAUCAUGGAGCGAUAUAAGGGUAUAAAGCGACACGAAGUGCCUCCACAUGUAUUCGCAAUAACAGACAGUGCCUAUCGAUCUAUGCUGCAAGACCGUGAAGAUCAAUCCAUUUUGUGUACUGGUGAAUCAGGUGCUGGUAAAACAGAAAACACAAAAAAAGUCAUUCAGUAUUUGGCCUAUGUAGCUGCAUCGAAACCAAAGGGAUCAGCUGGACCGCAUCCUGCAUUGAUCAUUGGUGAACUAGAACAACAAUUGCUUCAAGCGAAUCCAAUUCUAGAAGCAUUUGGUAAUGCGAAGACUGUGAAAAACGACAAUUCUUCCCGAUUUGGCAAAUUUAUCCGAAUAAAUUUUGAUGCUUCCGGCUAUAUAUCUGGCGCUAAUAUCGAAACAUAUCUGCUCGAGAAAUCACGUGCCAUUCGUCAAGCAAAAGAUGAACGAACAUUCCAUAUUUUCUAUCAGUUACUCGCUGGUGCAACGCCCGAACAGAAGGAGAAAUUCAUUUUGGACGAUAUCAAAACGUACAGUUUCCUAUCGAACGGAAGUCUUCCAGUGCCCGGUGUGGAUGAUUAUGCCGAAUAUCAGGCGACUGUUAAAAGCAUGAAUAUCAUGGGCAUGACCAAUGACGACUUCAAUUCCAUCUUCCGAAUCGUCAGUGCUGUUUUGCUGUUCGGUUGUAUGAAAUUCAAGCAAGAACGAAGCUCAGAUCAAGCAACCCUUCCGGACAAUACGGUUGCGCAAAAGAUCGCCCACUUGUUGGGUUUGAAUGUGACGGAUAUGACUCGAGCAUUCCUAACGCCACGCAUUAAGGUCGGCCGAGACUUUGUCACCAAAGCUCAGACUAAGGAGCAAGUUGAAUUCGCCGUUGAGGCCAUUGCCAAGGCAUGCUACGAAAGAAUGUUCAAAUGGUUGGUCAACCGAAUCAACCGAUCGUUGGACCGAACGAAGAGGCAAGGAGCUUCGUUCAUCGGUAUUCUCGAUAUGGCUGGCUUUGAAAUCUUCGAAUUGAAUUCAUUCGAACAGCUGUGCAUCAAUUACACCAACGAGAAACUCCAACAACUCUUCAAUCACACGAUGUUCAUUCUGGAACAGGAAGAGUAUCAACGCGAAGGCAUCGAAUGGAAGUUCAUUGACUUCGGACUCGAUUUACAACCGACAAUUGAUUUGAUUGACAAGCCCGGCGGAAUUAUGGCAUUGUUGGAUGAAGAAUGUUGGUUCCCUAAAGCAACCGACAAGACAUUCGUUGAGAAGUUGGUGUCCGCUCAUUCCAUGCACCCGAAAUUCAUGAAAACUGAUUUCCGCGGCAUUGCUGACUUUGCAAUUGUUCAUUAUGCUGGAAAGGUCGAUUAUUCAGCCGCUAAAUGGUUGAUGAAGAACAUGGAUCCGUUGAACGAGAACAUCGUCUCAUUGCUCCAAGCUUCACAAGAUCCAUUCGUCGUGAAUAUUUGGAAAGAUGCCGAAAUUGUCGGUAUGGCACAACAACUAACUGACACCCAAUUCGGCGCUAGAACUCGUAAGGGUAUGUUCCGUACAGUUUCGCAUUUGUACAAAGAGCAGUUGGCUAAACUAAUGGACACACUUCGCAACACCAAUCCCAACUUUGUGCGUUGCAUCAUUCCAAAUCAUGAAAAACGUGCCGGUAAAAUCGAUGCUCCGUUGGUACUGGACCAAUUGCGAUGCAAUGGUGUGCUUGAAGGUAUCCGUAUCUGUCGUCAAGGAUUCCCGAAUCGAAUUCCAUUCCAAGAAUUCCGUCAACGCUACGAACUCCUCACACCGAACGUUAUUCCGAAAGGAUUCAUGGACGGCAAAAAGGCUUGCGAGCGCAUGAUUCAAGCUCUUGAAUUGGACUCGAAUCUCUUCCGUGUUGGUCAAUCGAAAAUCUUUUUCCGAGCUGGUGUGUUAGCCCAUUUGGAAGAGGAACGCGACUACAAAAUCACCGACUUAAUCGUCAACUUCCAAGCGUUCUCCCGUGGGUUCUUAGCUCGUCGCAAUUACCAGAAACGAUUGCAACAGCUCAAUGCCAUCCGAAUUAUUCAAAGAAAUUGUGCCGCAUACUUGAAGCUUCGCAACUGGCAGUGGUGGCGCUUGUACACAAAGGUCAAGCCUCUGUUGGAAGUUACAAAACAGGAAGAAAAAUUAGUGCAAAAGGAGGACGAAUUGAAACAGGUCCGUGAAAAAUUGGACUCGUUGUCGAGGGAUGCUCAAGAAUAUGAAAAGAAAUUCCAAUCGGCAAUGGAGGAGAAGACGCAUUUGGCCGAACAGUUGCAAGCUGAAAUCGAAUUGUGUGCCGAAGCGGAGGAAAGUCGUCAACGCUUGGCUGCAAGAAAGCAAGAACUCGAAGAGAUGAUGCAAGACAUGGAAGCCCGUAUUGAAGAGGAAGAAGAGCGGGUGAUUUCAAUGAACGCUGAAAAGAAGAAACUUCAAUUGAACAUUCAGGAUUUGGAAGAGCAAUUGGAGGAAGAAGAAGCCGCCCGACAGAAAUUGCAGUUGGAGAAGGUUCAAUUAGAUGCCAAGAUUAAGAAGUACGAGGAGGAUCUGGCACUGACCGAUGACCAGAAUCAGAAAUUGAAUAAAGAGAAGAAGGUGUUGGAGGAACGCGCCAACGAUUUAUCACAAACUUUGGCUGAAGAGGAAGAGAAGGCUAAGCAUUUGUCGAAAUUGAAAGCGAAACACGAAUUGACCAUUGCUGAACUGGAAGAACGUUUGCUCAAAGAUCAUCAGCAGAGACAAGAGUCCGAUCGAAGCAAACGAAAGAUCGAAACUGAAGUGGCCGAUUUGAGGGAACAGAUCAACGAACGUCGCAUUCAAGUCGAAGAAAUGCAACAUCAAUUAGCCAAGAGAGAGGACGAACUGACACAAACAUUGAUGCGAAUUGAUGAAGAAUCUGCUGCUAAGGCACAAGCUCAGAAGAGUCAGCGUGAAUUGGAAUCGCAGUUAGCCGAGAUUCAAGAAGAUUUGGAAGCAGAGAAGGCUGCUCGAGCUAAGGCUGAAAAGGUUCGUCGUGAUCUCAGCGAAGAGUUGGAGGCGCUCAAGAACGAAUUGCUGGAUUCUUUGGACACUACAGCUGCUCAACAAGAACUUCGUUCGAAGCGAGAACAGGAACUGGCCACUUUGAAGAAAAAUCUGGAAGAAGAAGCUGGCUCGCACGAAUCGCAUUUGGCUGAGAUGAGACAUAAACAUUCGCAAGAGUUGUCCGGUAUCAACGAACAGUUGGAGAAUUUGAAGAAAGCCCGAUCCUCGUUGGAAAAGUCUAAGGCCACCUUGGAGGCUGAGAAUGCCGAUCUUGCUACUGAACUUCGUAACGUCAAUUCGUCCAGACAAGAAAAUGAUCGUCGCCGUAAGCAGGCUGAAUCACAGAUUGCUGAGUUGCAGGUCAAACUUGCUGAAAUCGAGCGAGCCCGAUCGGAACUACAAGAGCGAGACACCAAAUUGCAACAAGAAGUCGAAUCCAUGACCCUCGCACUAGAAGAGGCUGAACUUAAGGCCGGUGCCGCCAUGAAAUCUACCAUUAAUAUGGAAAGUCAAUUGACAGAAGCGCAACAACUGCUCGAGGAAGAGACUCGUCAGAAGUUAGCUCUCAGCUCCAAACUUCGCCAGCUUGAAUCCGAAAAGGAAGCCCUCCAGGAACAAAUGGAAGAGGAUGAAGAGCACAAGAAGAACUACGAACGCAAACUAGCUGAAGUCGUCCAACAAAUGCAGGAGCUGAAGAAAAAAUCCGAAGAAGACCAGGAUGCUGUCAAAGAGCUUGAAGAGGCCCGCAAAAAGUCCAACAAAGACAUCGAAGCAUUGCAGCGACAAAUUCAAGAAUUGCAAGCGGCCAACGAUCGUUUGGAUAAGAGCAAAAAGAAAAUCCAAUCCGAACUCGAGGACGCCACCAUUGAAUUGGAGGCUCAGCGCACUAAAGUACUCGAAUUGGAAAAGAAACAAAAGAACUUCGACAAAGUGCUAGCCGAGGAGAAGGCAAUUAGCGAACAGAAUUCACAGGACCGUGACACUGCGGAACGUGAGGCUCGUGAAAAGGAGACAAAGGUGUUGUCGCUAACCCGAGAACUCGAUGAGGCUUACGAUAAGAUUGAAGAUUUGGAAUCCAAGCGAAAAGCGUUGCAGAACGAGCUCGACGAUCUGGCUAAUUCUCAAGGCACAGCCGACAAAAAUGUCCACGAACUUGAAAAGGCCAAACGAACACUGGAAAGUCAAUUGGCUGAAUUGAAAGCACAAAACGAGGAGCUAGAAGAUGACUUACAGCUUACGGAAGACGCGAAACUACGACUAGAGGUCAAUAUGCAAGCACUCCGAGCCCAAUUCGAACGUGAUGUACAGGCGAAGGAAGAACAAGCCGAAGAGAAACGUAGAGGAUUGGUAAAGGCUUUGAGAGAUUUGGAAGCUGAGUUGGAAGAAGAGCGUAAACAAAGAGCGGCUGCCGUUGCGGCAAAGAAGAAGUUGGAAGGUGAUCUAAAGGAUAUCGAAGCAACGCUUGAAAUGCACAACAAAGUGAAAGAAGAUGCUCUCAAGCACGCCAAAAAACUACAAGCCCAAGUUAAAGAUGCUCUCCGUGAUGCUGAAGAUGCUAGAGCUGCCAAGGAAGAACUCGCUGCCGCCAGCAAAGAAGCUGAACGAAAGGUGAAGGCACUCGAAGCGGAAGUGAUGCAAUUGAACGAAGAUUUAUUGAGCUCAGAUCGUGUACGUCGUGCGGCCGAAGUUGAACGCGAUGAACUUUUGGAUGAAGUGCAAAAUCUGUCCAGCAAAGCCUCUCUCGUAGUGGACGAAAAGCGACGCCUAGAAGCACGAAUUGCGGCACUUGAAGAAGAACUGGAAGAAGAGCAGUCCACUUCCGAAAUGCUGUUGGAUCGUAGUCGCAAAGCCCAGUUGUCCAUUGAGCAAAUCACCACUGAACUGUCGACGGAGAAGGCAAACACACAGAAACAUGAAAAUGCCCGAGCACUGUUGGAGCGCCAGAAUAAGGAACUCAAGGCAAAAUUGGCUGAAAUCGAGACAACACAGCGAACGAAGAUCAAGGCCACCAUCGCCAGUUUGGAAGGUAAAGUCACCAAUUUGGAAGAGCAAUUGGAGAAUGAGACCAAGGAACGAUUGCUGCAACAAAAGACGAAUCGUAAAUUGGACAAGAAGGUGAAAGAGCUCACGAUGAACAUCGAAGAUGAACGAAGACAUGCCGACCAGUACAAGGAACAAAUUGAAAAGUUGAACAGCCGAAUGAAGAUCUUGAAGCGAAAUCUAGAUGAAGCUGAAGAAGAGAUCCAAAAGGAGAAGACACAAAAACGAAAGGCACAACGAGAAUGCGAAGAUAUGCUGGAGAAUCAAGAGGCGCUAAACAGAGAAGUCAAUUCGCUGAAAACCAAACUCAGACGUGGAGUUGGUAGCAUGAGUCUCAGUUCAUCGCGCUUAGCAUCCCGCAACAAUAAGAACGAUGACAGUUCAGCUCAGGAUGAAUCCAUGGAUGAAUCUAUCGACGCAUCUAACUGACACUCGUCCGCAAAUCGUUACCAAUUUACAAAUAAAUUUUAAACAACAAAAAAAAAGAAUUUUUGAGGAGGAAAAUGAAGUGAAAAUGUAAAAACAAAAAACGAAAACAAAAAAUUUGACAUUUUGUAAUCGGUGAAGUACAGAGAGAGAUGGGAGAGUUAUGUGAAUGGGCGAAUUUCUUUUUGAACUUUUUUUUUAUAUUAAAUAAUUAAUUGAAAAUAAAAUAAAGCAAAAAACAAGAACGAAUGUUAUUAUACAGUCAAAAACCAUAGAUUUUUACAUGCAAGAAAAAUUUAACGCGCUCAUUAUUAUCGAAUAUUAUAAAUAUAUCUAACGAUGCAUUUAAUUACAUUUUAUUAUUACAAAAUACAGGUAAGUCGGGACACUCAAAAUAACUAACACAAACGAAAAACCACUUUUUUUACGAAAACAAAAAUUCAUUGAAAUUUGCACGAAAUAACAAGAUAAAGGAACCGGAAAACCAAUCAAUUGCAAAACAAAACGUUGUGCCAUUUUACAUUUUUUAUGAAAAAGAUUUUUUUUUUGUUUAAUUUCCCCCUUCUAAAUGGUUAGAACCUUUCAGAAACGGAUAGUUAUCAGUUAUCGACAAUAGUGAAAGAUCUACGGUGAAUUUGUGGUCUUACAAUGAAUGUUAAAACAAAUGAAGUACAAGAUUUUGUAUCAAACAUAAGACGAUACUUCGACCGUGAUAUGCUUACCGUUUCUGAAAGGUUAAAAAAAAUAAUUGUAAAAUAGAUUUCUAUUGGGAUAGUACUUACGCAUUUCUUUUUUAUCGACAAAAAAUAUAUUAAGACUCGGAACGUUGGUCGCGCAAACCUGACUUGAUUCUG